AUGGAGAGUCUACCUGUGUGUUGCGCGCUCUUCCUGUGCGCUUUCUUCCAGCUGUUUCCGCUGCCGGGCGGACAGGUGCCCAUGCCAAACUGCCACGAGGUGCGCACGGCGUUCCAGUCUCUCCACCCGGGGGCCAAAUGGGUCCCGGAGACCCCGGUUUCAGGUGCUGAUCUGCAGGUGUGCCAAACCAAAGGCCUGACCUGCUGUUCCCGGAGGACGGAGGAGCGGUAUCAGGUAGCCGCCCGCAGCAACAUGGAGUCUGGCCUGCAGGCUGUCAGCGCACAGCUCAAACGUCUCAUCAUCCAAAACGCCGCCAUAUUCCAGGAGGCUUUUGACCUGGUGCUGCGUCAUGGCCGUAACUCCACCCUGGUGAUGCUGAAGUCGGAGUUUCCAGGUCUUGCCGGCGGAGCUCAGGGUUCAGUCGGACAGCUCUUCUUGGAUGUGUCGCUCUACAUCCUGGGCUCAGACUCCUCGGUGGACCACAUGGUGGCAGCCUUCUACGCCCGCCUCUUUCCUCUCGCUUACCGCCACCUGCUUGGGGGCGGGACUUCCCCUUUACCCGACGAGUGCUUGAGAGGGGCCUGGAAGGACUCGGGGGCAUUCGGCCCCUAUCCCAAACUAAUGAUGACCCGCCUGUCUCGCUCCCUGCUGGCCACAAGGGUCUUCCUGCAGGCACUGAACCUAGGAAUCGAGGUUGUCAAUACCACCGACCACCUACGCCCGAGCCGGGAUUGUAGCCGCGCCCUGCUGAGACUGUGGUAUUGCCCGCACUGCCACGGCAUGUUGGGACCCCCGGCCUGCAGAGGUGUCUGCCAGACAGUCAUGCAGGGCUGCCUAGGGGGCGCAGCGGAGGUGCAACCCCACUGGAAAAGCUUUGUGGAGGGGCUGGGGAAGCUCGCCGGCGCCAUGGGAGGAGAAAGGGAUAUGGAAGCCGUGAUCCUCAGGCUGCCUUUAUUGAUAAAACUGGCUCUCAAGCACGCCGUGAAUGCACGCAGCCGCCUCAGCACCCUGGUGAGCGGGAUGUGUGGCCACUCCCCCCAGCGGGUCUCUCGCUCAGUUUCGUCCCAUCCUCACCAGUAUCCCAUUGGCCCCCUUUCCCGCAAUGCUCAGCCUACGACCUUUGACCCUGAUGAGACUUUGGCUGGCCUGCGCAGGGACUUUAUAUCCAGCCUAAGGGGCUUCGGUUCUUUCUACAGUGGGCUCGGGGAGGCGCUGUGUAGCCGGGAGCCUGCACCACCCAACGACUCCCUCUGCUGGAACGGGCAGGAAAUGACAGACAGGUUCCCCGGGCCUGGCCUGAAGCGGUCCCACCCCCAUGGCUCCGAGUCCAGAAACAACAAGCCUCCUGAACCAGUCAUCAGCCAGAUCAUUGACAAACUCAAACACAUCAACCAGCUGCUGCAGCUGGUGACGAUGACCAAGAAGCACUGGAGAGCGCGGUCACGUGGAGGGGUAGUGGACGGAUGGAGCAACGAGGAGGAAGAGGGUUUCGGGAGCGGUGACUGCGAUGAUGAGGAUGAGUGCACUGGCGUGUCAGGGCUGGGGCCACCACCGCGACGCAAAAGGCUACGCAUCUUUGCCGACCUAGCUGAUAACCUGGCAAUGGAUGACCUCACCUUACAUGAGCAGCUGUUGACCCCACGACUGGCCACAGCUGGAGUGGGGGGCGCCUCCUCAUCCGUGGCUCUGCAGCAGAGAAGCUACCUGGCCCCGGCCCUCCCCCUAAUCCUGUCUGUCCUCCUGCUUUGUCCCCGCUGACCAGUAGUCACUCCUGCUUUGCAAACAACCAAACACAUGCACACACACACAUGCACACACACAUGCACACACAAACAAAGGCCUCCAUGAGACUUAAAGUGAAGUGUCACAAACUUAUUCAGUUAAUGUUUUGUUGGGCUUUUUUUUUUUUCAAAUCAGCCUUUAAAUUAUCAAUGUACAGUUUGAUGACUUAUCGCCACUGGCAUGAACAACCAGAAAUGCUCUCUUUCUC